CCCAACGUAGUAUGUUAGUAUCGUGUUCUCACUCGUGCUUGUUAUUGUUUUUUGCGCAGGUGAUUGCCCGCGGCGAACACAUGUCGCUCGCCAAGUACAAGUACGUGGAUGCCACCGGCAGCCAAAAGAUAUGGGAGGUGGCCGAACGAUGCCAGAAAGCCAAGAGCAGCGAGUCUGACUCCGUCUGUGCUCUUCCCAUCCUUCGGCGCAUGCUCAAGUACGACUGCCUUGUCCUCGUCAAGCAAUACCGGCCAUCCAUGAAGGCCUUCACCCUGGAGUUCCCCGCCGGCGUCGUGGAGCCGACGGACCAGACAUCAGAGGCCUCCGCGUUGAGGCGGCUCAACUCGCAAACCGGCUACACUUGCACCGGUCUCAAGCAGACCAGCCCCUUGACGGCCUCUGAUCCAGUCCACACAGCGUGCACGACAAAGCUCGUCUCAGUCGAGAUAAAUGGCGACGAUCUACGCAACCUCAACGCCCAGCAGAAGUUUGGCGAGGGAGAGUUCUACGAAGUAGUCCAGGUCCCCAUGAACGACGUCCUCAAGCGGUUAAAUGAGUACAGCGAGGACGGCUACGUCAUCGACUCUCGUGUCUACACCUUCGCCCUGGGCCUGUCCAUGGGACUCCGAAUGGGCGCCGAGCAGAACGGCGACAAGGAGGACGACGUCCAGAUAGUGACCAACAUCAUCGACCACUAGGAAAACAAGAAUAACCACGUCUUCAUCGGUCUUCAACUCGCCGCCGCUACACUCUCCGGAACCAAAAACUCCUUGGCGCGGACAAGCGUGGAACCGUGGUACACCGCCGUGUCGCUGAAGAAGUUUUCAUCCAACGCUUCCGAUCAACCUCAGAAGGAAACCAAGUUUAAAAGCCUCAAUGAAACUAUAGAUACAUGUAUCAUGCCUUGCGUAACGUAGUCCACAGGAAGUUAUCUUUGAAAUUACCAAACUGCGACCAAGCAGCUCAUUCUUAAACAAUGCAGCCACUUCAUAGCUUUUUGCGAUGUAUACAGGGAUGACAGAUGUAGAUUUGAACUGGGAUGUCUACCAGCUGGCGGCGUGCAAAGCCGUAUGGAGCGUUUGUGUAUUACGCCGAGUUUUUUUUUUUUUUCGUGACAUUUUGUGCAUUGAUUGCGUGCCCAUGUAUGUAUUGAUAUUUCAAACACCACGGAUAUUUUUUUUUCAUUUUGUUGUUGUAUAAUUAUUAUUGUCCUUUUUAUGAUUUAUUUUUAUGUCGUACCUGAAGCUCACUCUUUUCGUUGAAACUCGCACACUAUUUCUACAAUAGCCUUUAUAGCUGUGAGAAUACCGCCAUAAUUAUAAACGCGAGGGUAACUUUCACGCCAUUUAGCCACUGGCACCAAAGAAUAAAUGAUGAAGAAUCGAGGGCAAUAAGUCACAACCUUCGGCAAUGUAUGCCUUACACGGACUUGAUUGAUUUUAUGGGUUUUUGACAUACUCAACUGAUCCUUGGCUCUAGGACUACUUGAAUGCAUGCUUAGUAAAUCUAUACAGUUAUGAUGUUUUCCUCUAUGAUGUCUGUUCAAUGUGAACUCCAACGUGCUGUAUCUGUACGUCGUUGACAAUAAAGAGUGAUGUUAUCAUUUA